AGACCAGUCUUUCUUGGACCUGGGGGAUAUCCGACAGAUGAAAACAGCUGUAUGGGGAGGGGGGCGGCCCAUAAUGCACUUCGGCCGCUCUUCUCGGCUUCUUUCUGCUCUGGCGCUGGGGCUAACGGGCGCAUCCGUAAUGGCAGCGCCAAGUAAGACCCAGAGUCGCAGAUAUGCAUUGGAGUGAAGCGGCGAGUGCGUGGAGAGCACCGGCCCAAUCGCAGGAUGACCACCGGCUUCAGCUCCAGCUCCUGCCGAUUCGCAGAUUACUUUGUGAUCUGCGGACUCGACACCGAAACUGGCCUGGAACCAGACGAACUGUCCGCUUUAUGCCAGUAUAUUCAGGCCACUAGUUUCAGAGAUGGGGCCAGACGAAUGUCAGCGAGUGCAAAUGAAGGUGAGAAUUUUGAGCAGAGUCCCCUGCGGAGAACGUUCAAAUCGAAGGUGCUAGCGCACUACCCUGAGAAUGUGGAGUGGAGCCCUUUUGACCAGGACGCCGUGGGCAUGCUCUGCAUGCCGAAGGGGCUGUCAUUCCGCACGCAGGCCGACGCCCGCGAGCCGCGCUUCCACUCCUUCAUCAUCACCCGCGAGGACGGCUCCCGUACCUACGGUUUCGCGCUCACCUUCUACGAGGAGGUGACCAGCAAGCAGAUAUGCAGCGCUAUGCAGACGCUCUACCACAUGCACAACGCCGAGCAGUACGAGGUCCUGCACAGCGCCGCCGCCGCCCUGCCUGAGGAGGCCCUCCACGCCGCCAGCCCAUUCUCACGCCUGCAGCGCUUCAACUCCUACGACAUCAGCCGCGACACGCUCUACGUGUCCAAGUGCAUCUGCCUGGUGGCGCCGCUGGCCUUCCCGCAGGCGAGCCGCAAGGUGCUGCAGCAGCUGCACCAGGCCGUCAGCGCCGCCCAACCUCCGCCGCUGCCGCUGGAGAGCUACAUCUACAACGUGCUGUACGAGGUGCCGCUGCCGCCCGCCGGCCGCUCCCUCAAGUUCUCCGGCGUCUACGGGCCCGUGGUGUGCCAGCGGCCCAGCACCAGCGAGCUGCCGCUCUUCGACUUCCCCGUCUGUGAGGUCUUCGAGCUGCUGGGCGUGGAGAACGUGCUCCAGCUGUUCACCUGCGCCCUGUUGGAGCUUCAGAUCCUGCUUUACUCUCAGCACUACCAGAGGCUGAUGACAGUGGCUGAGAGCAUCACCGCCCUGAUGUUCCCCUUCCAGUGGCAGCACGUCUAUGUGCCCAUCCUGCCCGCCUCGCUGCAACACUUCCUGGACGCGCCCGUGCCCUAUCUGAUGGGCCUGCACUCCAACGGCCAUGAUGACCGGUCUAAGCUGGAGUUGCCCCAGGAGGCGAACCUCUGCUUUGUGGACAUCGACAACCACUUCAUUGAGCUGCCCGAGGACCUGCCGCAGUUCCCCAACAAGCUUGAGUUUAUCCAGGAGAUCUCGGAGGCCCUCCUGGCGUUUGGCGUGCCACCGGAGGGCAGACUCCGCUGCAGCGACAGCAUGAUCAAGCUCAAGGUCUUCCGCGCCUCCGACCGGCGUAAUGGCAACCUGUCCGGCUCUCCACUCAGCUCCUAUCUGCUCAAGGAGAACGAGACCAUCGCCCGACUGCAGGCCCUGGUCAAGAGAACUGGGCUCAGCUUAGAGAAGCUGGAUGCCAGGGAGAACCAGGGGAGUAACAAGGAGGUGAAGGUGCAGUGCGACGAGGAGGAGCUCAAGAUGCACAAGCUCAACAUCCACGUGCGUGAAAUCUUCGCCAACCGCUUCACUCAGAUGUUCGCGGACUACGAGGUGUUUGUCAUCCAGCCGAGCCAGGACAAGGACUCUUGGUUCAGCAACCGGGAACAGAUGCAGAACUUUGAUAAGGCCUCCUUUCUCUCCGACCAGCCGGAGCCCUACCUGCCCUUCCUCUCUCGCUUCCUGGAAACCCAAAUGUUCGCCUCCUUCAUCGACAGCAAGAUCCUGUGCCACGACGAUGAGGACAAAGAGCACGCGUUGCGGGUGUUCGACGCCCGGGUGGACAAGAUCCGCAUGCUGAAUGUGCGGACCCCCACUCUGCGCACCUCCAUGUACCAGAAGUGCACCACCAUUGAGGAAUCAGAGUCUGCUCUCAAAAAGCGCUUUGAGAAUAUCGAUCUGGUAGCUCCUCUCCCUCAUUCCAUUGAAAAGGCCAUCGAGAUGCGGCUGAGCAAGAUGGACCACACGGCAUUGCAUCCCCACCUGCUGGACAUGAAGAUUGGACAGGGCCGCUACGAGGCCGGCUUCUUCCCCCGCCUACAGUCUGAUGUGCUGUCAACAGGACCCACCGGCAACAAGUGGACGAAGCGAAGCGCUCCAGCUCAGUGGAGGAGGAAGGACAGGCAGAAGCAGCAUGCUGAACACCUGUACCUCGAUAACGACCAGAGAGAGAAGUACAUCCAGGAAGCCCGGAGCCUCGGCACCACCAUCCGGCAGCCCAAGCUGUCCAACCUCUCCCCGUCUGUCAUUGCGCAGACCAACUCUAAGUUUGUUGAGGGACUGCUGAAAGAAUGCAGAAACAAGACUAAGCGCAUGCUGGUGGAGAAGAUGGGCAGAGAGGCGGUGGAGCUGGGUCACGGCGAGGUCAGCAUCACGGGCGUGGAGGAGAACACGCUCAUCGCCAGCCUCUGCGACCUGCUGGAGCGCAUCUGGAGCCACGGGCUGCAGGUCAAGCAGGGUAAAUCGGCCUUAUGGUCACACCUGUUGCACUACCAGGAGAGCGAAGAGAAGAGGGAUGCCCCCCCAGGCGGUUUGGCCCCCCCAGGCUUCAACCCCGAGAGACGCAAGUCUGAUGCCGGCUCCGCUCUGCCCCCCCUCAAAAUCUCCCUCAUCCAGGAUAUGCGGCACAUCCAGAACAUUGGUGAGAUCAAGACCGACGUAGGCAAGGCAAGAGCUUGGAUGCGCCUCUCGAUGGAGAAGAAACUUCUGUCCAGACACCUCAAAAAGCUGCUGUUGGACCACGAGUUGACCAACAAGCUGUACAAGCACUAUGCCUUUCUGCGCUGUGAUGAUGAGAAGGAGCAGUUCCUCUACCAUCUCCUCUCCUUCAAUGCCGUGGAUUACUUCUGUUUCACCAACGUCUUCACCACCAUCAUGAUCCCAUACCACGUGGUGGUCAUCCCUAGCAAGAAGCUGGGGGGGUCCAUGUUCACGGCCAACCCCUGGGUCUGUGUCUCGGGGGAGCUGUCGGAGACGGGUGUGCUCCAGGUCCCCAAGAACACGCUGGAGAUCACCUUUGAGUGCCAGAACCUGGGCAAGCUGACCACAGUGCAGAUGGGACAUGACAACUCAGGGCUUUAUGCUAAGUGGCUGGUGGAGUGCGUCGUCGUCCGAAAUGAGAUCACCAGCCACACCUAUAGGUUUCCAUGUGGCCGUUGGCUCGGGAAAGGUGUGGAUGAUGGAAGCUUAGAGAGGAUCCUAGUUGGGGAACUGAUUACGCCUAGUACAGAGAGUGAAGACCGGCUUUGCAGGACACCUCCGCUACAGCAUUCCCCUGGGAUGAUACGGAGGCUGGUCACCAUCUCGCCAAGCAGCAAACCAAAGUUAAAUACAGGUCAGAUUCAAGAAGGAGUGGGAGAGGCCAUCAACGGAAUAGUGAAGCAUUUCCAUAAGCCAGAGAAGGAGAGGGGUAGUCUGACUUUGCUUCUGUGUGGAGAGGGUGGUUUAGUCUGGGCUCUGGAGCAGGUCUUCCAGCACGGCUUUAAGUCCCCACGUCUUUUCAAAAGCGUCUUUAUCUGGGACUACCUUGAGAAGGCCCAGGGUCACUUUGAGAGCUUGGAGCAGCAGGAGAUGGCGGAUGAGAACUGGCGGAUGAGGGCGCGAAAUUUCUGCCGCUUCAUGAGAGCCAUCAAUGGCACGCCCAGGAACAUCGGAAAGGACGGAAAGUUCCAGCUGCUUGUGUGUCUGGGGGCCAGAGAGCACCUGCUGCACCAUUGGAUUGCUCUUCUGGCAGACUGUCCAAUCACAGCACAGAUGUAUGAGGACAUGGCACUGAUAAAAGACCACACACUGGUGAACUCCCUGAUUAGAGUGCUUCAGACAUUACAGGAGUUCAACAUCACUCUGGAGGCCUCGCUUGUUAAAGGCAUCGGCAUUUAGAGCACUCGUAGGAUGUGACGUGUCAAGCAAAGGAGAAUUUUUACAGACAAAUUAAACCUUUUUUAAAAUGGUGACAGACUUGGGAAAAAAUGUCUAGCUUAUUUAAAGCUACCUUUAUGUUUGCCAUAUAGUAAGUGCAAUGAGCCUUUUUAAAUGUUAUAAUUUUUAUCCUUGAAAAUAUACUGUUGUAUAUUUCAAAUGUUUUCUAUUAUGACUUGUCAUUUUUAUUUUGGUGAACACACACCAACACGCGCUAUACUGUGUUAAUGACAGCUGAAUAUUUUUGUGGAUGUUGUGAACUGCUGACAAUGGGUAUGUUUAAAUGGAACGCAAUGAACAAAAACAGUUAAUAUAUUUUCAGAAAGGAACAGUAUUAUUUUAAUAUGUAUGUCAAGUUGCUUGCUCUGUUGUCAAUUUUUUUAAAUCAUAAUGCAGAGCUCAAAGCAAAUGAUGUAGAUGUAUGCUUUAUAAGUACUAACAAUGAGUCAAUUUUAUAUUUAAAAGAGGAAGAAUUCCUUUCAAAGAGUUUUAUAUCUUACAAUAGCAAUGCACAGAUUAGAUCGUUCUUGAGAAAGUAACGUCCAAAUCUUACAUAUCAUACUUGAGCAGCUGAAGAGGCAGCCCCAACCAUUUAAAGAAAUGUAGCUUGAAUCACUGAUGCACAAUUGUCCCCAUAUGAGCAGUAAUAAGAACUUAGAAAACUGUGGUCCACUAACUUUCUACAUUAAUGCUCUAUUGUGGACAUAAUAGUAGAAAUGUGUCUUUUUAGCAUUCCUUUGAAUACCUCGAUAUUUAUUCACCUUAAAUCGUACACUCACACUUUCUGGUAGUGAUUCGUAUGGCUUUCUUUUAUGCCUUUAUUACAUUCAGUAAAGCAGCUGAAAUGACAGACUGCAGCACCCCUGAACAGCUUUAUAAUGGGGAUUGCAUAAAUUAAGAUUCUGAAGCUCGGUGCUCUGAGCGUUCAGCUGCAUGCAGGACAAAAAUUACAAACACCCUCUACUUCAGGAGAAUAACUCGUCUGCUGUUCUGUAGUGGCUGCCCAGUUUCACUGUGUUGGUGAGAUUUAAUGUGGAUAUGGUAUGGUUAUUAUGUAAACUGGCAAGGAUCUACUUGCCUUUCUUUGACCUUUGCUCUUUUCAUUUUCUCAGUUAGUCAUUAUUUUUAUUGUAACUGUUGUGAAUGUACACUCAGUGGCCAGUUUAUACGAUACACUGCCUUAGUAACAUAAGCUUGCUCCUCGAACCAUGUGGGUGCAGCUUCAUUCACACAGCACAACAAUGUUAGUACUAUAAUAAACAACUGAAUAGCUAUGAUCUAAGAUAUUUUGAAAGUGGUGUGAUUGUUGGUGCCUGAUCUGGUGGUUCUAGUACCUUGGAAACCGCCACUUUCCUGGGGUUUUUCUCACACUAUCAAGAGUGUCUAGAGUCCGAUACAAUAAAAAAAUAAUAAGACCCAGUCAGCAGCAGUUCUGUGGGUGAAAACAUCUUGUUAAUGAGAAAGGUCAGAGGAGAGUGACCAGACUCAUUAAAGCUAACAGAAAAGCCACAGAAAUAAGAGCUACAACAGUGGUGUGCAGAAAGGCUUCUCUUAAUGCACAAAUUUCCUAUAGUCUGGAGCCAGUGGGUCCUCUGGACUACUAGCUGGGUGUACCAAUUAAAGUGCCUACUGAGUGUAUGUUAUUGUAGCACAUGGUUUCAUUGUUAGAACCUUUUAUUAAGAUGUUGAGUUAUAUAUACGCUGACAGAAGACUGCCGCAUUAAUACAUGCUCACAGUAGGCCAUACCAUGCAGUUUGAAUUGACAUGAGAUGUUCGAGGUUGUGCCAUGAUUUUUCCACUGUACUAAAAUGGCUCGAGCUUCCCGUCACAUACCAUGCUCUGCUGCUGUGUCUGCUAUGCAAUUCCCAGAUCACUGGGGGAAAAAUCCACAAAGGAAUUUAUGGACAGUACCAAGAGAAUGGUUGGGUCUGCCUUAUGAUUUUACUAACAGCACCAUAACAAAGUCAUGACAAAACUGCUUUACAGAAGCACAUGUGGAAUUUUCAAUUUUCAUUCCAACAAUGCUUGGAUGAUACUGGCACUUUGUCUCACGACAUGGCUGGCAUGAGCUUCUUGGGAUGUGGGGUGUUUUCAUAUUUCUUCUUAGCUGUGUUAUGUAAUGUAAUAAAAGUGGUUAAUAGUGUACAGUGUAUAAUAACAGAACAUGUCUGUAUGUAAAGUGUAUUGUAUAUUUUUACAAAAAGCAGAAGGUAGACUGAAAUUACUAGUAAUGUAUAUGGGAGAUAAUUUUCUAGAAGGCUUUCUUUAUCAUUCUUGUAACUGCUCUGGGAUCAGAACUGUACGAGAACCGAAGCCAUGUACUGGAUCGCCAAGAGUGGUUACAUGUGUUAUAUCUGUCUCAUUAAUAAAGAGUAAACGUUUUGGAUCAAUAACAGGAA